AAAUAAAACAAAAAGCCCAUAAACCAUAUGUAAAGAACCAAAUACGAGUAUCACAAAACCUUAAACCCUUUCUUCAUCAACACUAGCUUGUUCCUCGCCUCCAUCUUAGGUUUCUUUCUUCUGUUUUUCAACAAAGUUACAAGUUUUCAGUGAACCAUGUAUCUUCAAUUUUACAUCAACGAUAACGGUGACAAGGUUUACACUACUAAGAAAGAGUCACCAGUUGGGUUGGCUACUCAAUCUGCUCAUCCAGCUCGGUUUUCACCUGAUGACAAGUUUUCAAGGCAGAGAAUUCUUCUGAAGAAGCGAUUUGGACUGUUACCAACCCAACAUCCAGCUCCAAAAUACUGAGCAACAUUCUAGCUUUAACUAUUAUAAUGGUUCCUUCAGUACUUAGCAGUGUUUUGUGAUCUAUAGCUAGUGUGAAGUAAUUGAGUCAUUUGUGUUUUAAUGUUUUGAACCAAUUUCAGUCAAAAUCUGUCGCAAACGUUGGACCAAAGUGGCGAAUAUUGAACUUCACUGAUGUAUGAAUGAUUUUGUAUUGAAAUCUUGCAAUUAAUAUGUUUUUAUUAA